AUGGCCACUCAACAACGAGCAUGUCUUGUUAGGAGAUUGCAGCAAUUCUCGAAUACCGCGAGAGACGAUACAAGCAAACCAGAGGGAGCAAACGGUCUCAAGCUCAGACAUUGGUCGAAAGUACCGUUCAAGGAUGGGGCAAACGACGAGGAGGAUGAAUACAUGAACUCACAAGAGAAAGAUGCCAUGGCUCAAGACGACGGGCCUUAUCCGUUUGCAAAGUAUACACCCAAAGUCGACAUUGUUUACAGUUACACGGACGAAGAGUACGCGGCGCAUCUCGAAGACUCUGCUGAGUCGGGCUGGACAAAGGCAGAAACAGAUUAUCUAUUUGUGCUGCUUCAUGAAUACAAGCUACGUUUUUACAUUGUCUUGGAUCGGUACGAGUACCAAGGCACAGAGGAGCAACCGGCAAUCAAGCGAGAACUUGAAGACCUAAAAGGUCGCUACUACAGCAUUGUUCGCAAACUUAUUCGUGCACGUGCCGGAGAUGAUCCAGAAAAGGUCAAGGCAGGCGAAAGCCUUCUGCUACAGUAUGGAUUCGAUUAUGCGCAAGAGAAAGCCCGUCGUCAGCAUGUAGCUGCACUUUGGGAUCGAACGCCACAGCAAAUGGCGGAAGAGACCAUCCUCUACACAGAAAUUCUUCGACUUUCGCAAACUUCUACCGUCUUUACUGCCCAGCGCAAUGCCCUACUUCGUUUACUUGCUGGCAUCGAGUCCGGGCUGCCCGACAUUGCCACUCGCGAUGACCGUUUAACACCCCUCAACCUGGAUCCACAGAUACGAGGUGUCAAAGGAGGUCCCUGGGGCAACGCUCUUGGUGGCCUCAACAGCGCUGCCAGCAGGAAGAAACGAGGUGGUCCUGCUGGACACAGUAUUGACUGGAAUGAUAGUCCAACGCACUCCAGUAUGCUCAUUUCCCUCAAUUCUGCCGGCGCAUCUGGGCAAAGGCAGCAACUGCCUCCUGCUCAGCAGGCCGAAUUUGAUGCAAAACACUACAUCUAUCGGGCCCCUGUAGGGUCUGCACUCAUCAACCCUAAGAAUACACACACCGCGGUCCAUGCCCGUUCCUCGAAAUUCCCCGUUCCGAAACCUAUCCUUGCAUCCCAUCUUCAGGCUGCGCACAUGAGUCCACCAGAUGGGCAAUCUCAACCUCCUGCAACAAUCUUCUCCAAGCUGGACCUGUAUCCGACCAAGCUGGCCAUGCCGACCAAAGAAAAUAUCGAGCUCAUCGAGCGUGUAUUUGGAGCCGCUACGCAAUUAAUCGAAGUUCAGAAGCAACUCGAAAAAGUAGAAGCCGACCUUGCAAAAGAGAAGCAACGUCUAGGACCCUCUGCGGCGUCUGCUGCGUCGAACAUCGCGUCGGGACAGAAUACGGUCCCUCUCGCACCCAAGUCUAUAACUGUCGCACCGAGUGCGAGUGGGACAGCAGGAUCAGAAGAUAUCUCCAUGCAGGCAGCGGAUGGGGCUACGGGGGAGCGAGGAGCUUUGGAGGUCAACGACACGGCUAGCGCCGGAGACAAUGAGAACGACGAGGACUAUGAGGACGAAGGCGAUGCGACGGGUGACGGUGACGGAGAGGAUGACGAUGCAAUGGAAGGGGUCGAGAAUGCGGCGAAUAAUGCGAGCGGCCGCACCGCGUCGCGCAAACGGAGUAGGUCCGCUUCUUCCUCUGAAUAG